AUGUCUAUUAAAAUUUUGUGUUGGAAUGUACAAGGUGUUGGGAAUAAAUUGUCUAUCAUUAAGGAACUUGUUAGAAUUAAUGAUCCGACAAUAUUAGUGCUAGUUGAGACUCAUAUGAGUGGUGAUAAUGCUCAGCAAAUUUGCAAUAAAACUGGUUUCUCGGGUCAGCGUCGAGUUGAAGCUCAAGGUUUUAGUGGUGGGAUUUGGUUAUUCUGGAGGAUGGAAAAAAUUGCGGUGACAGUGUAUGGAGAACAUUCUCAACAUCUUACUGUCGAGCUAAAAAAGGAUGGCGGAGACCCCUGGCUGUUCUCUGCUAUAUACGCUAGUCCUGGAAGUAGUUUGAGAAAUUACCUGUGGGCAGAAUUGGAAAAAAUCAAAGAUGACUACUCGGGACCUUGGUUGUUAGUAGGCGAUUUUAAUGAGACUUCGAGUAUGGAAGAAAGAAACGGUGUUGGUGGAACCGAAAUGCAGAGGAGAUGCAGAGACUUUGCAAAUUGGAUUGAAAACACAGAAUUAAUUGAUCUUGGGUGCUCGGGUCCAGCUCAUACCUGGUUUCGAGGCCUGUCCCAUGAGACAUUCAAAUCAGCCCGACUUGAUAGAGGAUUAGUGAAUGAAGCCUGGAGAUUGAGGUUCGAUGAAGGUGCAGUUCGCAAUUUGCCAAAAUCAGCCUCGGAUCACUGCCCAAUCCUAAUUAGUACUUCGGGUUUCGCUCCUAUCCCAAAGAUUCUAAGACCUUUUAGGUUCCAAGCAGCUUGGCUUACCCAUGAGAAAUUUGAGGAGUUUGUGUACUCGAACUGGAGGAGUGAUGCCCCUGUUGUUCUCUUUUUGAAAGAAUUUGCGGACAAGUUGGAUAGAUGGAAUAAAGAGGAGUUCUACAAUAUUUUUAGAAAAAAAUCUGAGUUAUGGGCUCGACUUGAAGGAAUCCAAUCUGAGUUGUCUAAGGGUAGUAACCCGUACCUCAUAACCCUUGAAAAUCAAUUGCGACAACAGAUGGAAGAAGUUCUAAGUGUAGAGGAACUCCUCUGGUUUCAGAAAUCAAGAGUAGAUUCGAUAUGUGAUGGUGACCGAAAUACCCGUUACUUCCGACAGUCAUCAGAACAAGAAAAAAUAGGAUCGAAACUCUUAGAGGCAGUGAUGGUGAAUGGAAAACUGAUCCAAGUGAAGUCCAAGGCCUGA